AUGAACACAACGUGCGCGGGGUUGCAGACAAGUCAGUCGAGAGCGCAAGCUCGUAGACCGGCCGAGACGGCAAAUGCCGUUAAAUCGACCAAAUCAAGCUUGGGGUCUCGACCCCAAGCUUGCUUGACCGCACGCAAAAGUGCGAGCGAGGGUGGCCAGAGGCCACCGUUGCGGUCUACGAUCCCUACUCAGCUCACCAUCGACUUCGGGAAACACCGCGAUCAAGACAUCGAGGACGUGCUCCUCAACAAUCCCCAGUACUGCUCUUGGUUAUCCAAGCAAGAACAUCUGAUCACGGAUGAAAGGAUAUCUUGA